AUGAAGGAUGCCAAGGGUGAGAAGGGAGCUCCAGGAAGUGCCCUGGAGGGUCUGCUGGCUGACCUCGCUGGCGUUGCGGAGAAGGCUGCAGCGGAGCUGGGCAAGGGUGCCACUGCGGAGCAGAUCGCUGCGCAUGCGGUGAAGGUGAAUGUCUUCCAGACGAUGGAAUUCCUUCUGAAGUUCAGUCAGCCACUUCGCGAUGCAGUGACCAGCGGCAAGGUCGACCUCCAAGGUGGCAUUUACGACCUGGAGACCGGCAAGGUGGAAUUCCUGGGCCGAUCGCCGGAGCAAGGGGCUCUCCUCGCCGCCUCCAAGUCAAAUUUGCCUCCCUCCAUGGACGUGGCUUUGGGCCGCGCAUCCGUGCGGACGCCGCAGGACCCCCCGAUGGCCCCGGAGGCCGCGCUGAAGAUCAUGAAGGAGGGUAAUGAGCGCUUCGCCCAUGGCAACACCCUGGCCGGCAAGUUCGACGGGCAAAUGCGAAAGGCCCUGGCGACCAUUGGCCAGGCACCGCACACGGCCAUUGUCGGCUGCGCUGACUCGCGUGUCCCCCUGGAGUUGGUGUUCGAUGUCCUGCCGGGUGAUGUCUUCGUCAUGCGAAACGCAGGAAACACUGUGACCCAAGCGAGGGGAAGCAUCGUGGGCAGCCUCGAGUUUUGCACUGCUGCGCUCAAGACGCGACUCGUGCUCGUGCUCGGGCACACCGCUUGCGGUGCUAUCAAAGGUGCUACCGCCACUUAUUUGAAGGGAGGUGGAGCCGCGCAGGGCAAGGGAGCUCUGGAGGGCCUUCUCGCUGGCCUGUCCUCGGUGGCAGAGACGGCGCACAAGGAGCUGGGUGACAAAGCCUCGGAGAAGGAGAUCGCAGAUCAUGCUGUGAAGGUGAAUGUCUUCAACACCAUCAACAACCUCAUCAAGGGAAGCACGGACAUCCGCGACAAGGUGAAGUCAGGCCAAGUGGACAUCCAAGGAGGCAUCUACGACCUCGACUCCGGUCGAGUUCAGUGGCUGGGACGCAGCCCAGAGCAGGCCAAGCUCCUCUAG